GUUGUGUAGGCGGUUUUCUCGGCAGCAGAAUCUAUAAGGUAGGUAAGUCGGAACAGAGCCAAAGUAUUCCUAACUGUUAUUUGAGCUAAGUUUAAUUAUUCAUACAGAUAUAAUACUUGUAUGAGCGAAAUAAUGAAUCACUCUGGCUGCUUAUAACAGCAUAUUUCACAUAUUUUGACAGUUUGUGGUAUUCAGCUCAGUAGCAAAUUCUAAAACAUGGGCAAGAAAAGAAACCAGAAGGCUUCUCGAAGCGAAAAACGAAUGCAAAAACUUUAUAAUGAAGCCAUACGAGAGGUGAAGGAACGAAACUUAAACCUUGACGUUUUGCCUGUUACUGACAAUGAGGAUUUAGCGGACGAAAACUCGGAGGAAGGAAAAUACGUUUCACAAAAGACACGAAAGAAGCCCAAAGAAGUCCUUGAAGAAUCCAUAAAGAAACAAGAGGAUUUGAGAAAACCGAGAAUUCCUCUUUGUGUACCAGUUUCAAGGCUGAUCCCUUUCAAGCUAGACCACGAAAGAGGGUUAGAAUUUCCUCGGGAUUUUUGCCGCGAUCCGACCUCACUCUCUUGGAUUCCACGUUCGCAGAGCUCGCUCUUUGAUGAAGUAUACAAUGCAAGAAUGUCCCCAAGUUCAGAUUUCAGUGACCUCGAGCGAAAAAGGUCUUUGUCGUGUGGGGAACUUUUUGCUGCAAGGAACUCAAGUGUAGGAGACAUAUUACAGAUUUUCCCUUUGCGUGCUGUGGGAGUCGACGAAGUUAACCUCCCCGAGUCUCAUGACCGCUCACAACAACUUCCGCCAAUUUACCGACAGGAUGUUUGGCGGGAAACUAUGCGACGAGCUUCAGAGCCUUCACGCUCAAUUCCCGCCAAACACGACUCGUGGAACAUGAGCGCAAUGUCCUUGAUGGUAGGUAGGCCAGAACUGUACACAAGAGAGAAAUGCAAGUCUUCUGUAAGUCUUGCCGAGAGACGUUUUCGUUUGAGAGCAGCAACGAUUACCUUAUAG